CUGGACCGCUGGAGACUCACCCCUGCCUUCUCGCCUUCUAUGGCAAAACCCAGCCUCUUCUCAAGAAACGAGUCACCAGAACAACACAUGCCGCAAGUACAGAGCAGAGAGUCUGCAUGUAUCUUCAGCAAGAAAUAUCGCAGCAGUCACUGCACAAACAGAAAGAUCGCAGGAGUCACUGCACAACUACAGAAUCGGAUCGUCGAGACGUAGUAGAAAAUCUUACAGCUAUUGUGAGUGAAGCACCAAAUCCACAGAGCAGAGGAUCAACUGUUGUAGAAGACUGCAAAGAGAGGAAGCAGAACCGUGUCAAGAUGUUGACUGAUGAGGUUGCACAGGUGCAAGAGGUGAGAUACUGUCUGAAGACUCUGCGAGAGCAAAUGGCAGCCAGGCAAAACAAUAACAACAAUAAUAAGAUUCCAUCCAAUGGCUUUAAAGUUGAUGUACUUGUCAGCAAAGCCAAUGGCUCCAAUGGACUUGUGAACGGCUCUCACUCUAAACAUCAGGGCCAGGAGGAUGAUGAAAGCACUUUAGCCUUGAGAGAAGUCACUAAACAUCUGUACGCUCGUCUGCAAGAGAUGGAGAGGAGACACCAGGAGGAGAAAGAGAGACUCCAGGCAGAAAACAUUGAACAUCAGCGGCGGUUUCUGGAGGGGCAGAAGGCAGAAACCAAGGCGGAGGAACAGGGCAAAAAAGUGGAAGAGAUGCAGAAGCUCAUGCGUGGUUUGGAGCUGGAAAAUGCCACACUUCGAGAAAAGUUGGCUGCUAAUGAGGCUGAACUUGAGAAACUGCGAGGACUGAAGAAAACCGAUAGUGAGGACAGGUCUGAACAACUGAAAAAGGAGCUGGCAACUCUGAAGGAUAAGAACCACAACUUAGAUGACAUGCUCAAAAGUCAACAAAGGAAAGUCAGGAACAUGAUCGAACAGGUGCAAAAUUCAAGAACCAUAAUGGAGCAAAGAGACCGGCUGAUCGGUGACCUCAAAGAGAGGGUGGCUUUCCUCGAAGCUGAGAAUCGAGAGUAUCAUGACCGGAUGGAGUUUUAUUUGGGCAACCAAGUGUCUAAACCAUAUAACUCAGACACGGGGUCCAAAGUUGUCUACAGCAAACCUCUGAUGCCAACAAGCCCUGGAAACAAGUCUAUGCCAUUCAUUAAAGUGGUCGAAAUCAAGUCCUGAACAACAGAUGAAGGCAACUGAUGGAAGAGAG